CAAGACCAAACAUGUCUGCUCAAGCGGGAGCCGCUCAGGCCAACGAGGAUGAAUCGCACAAGUACUGGGGGAAGGCCGAACAGCAAUUCAAGCACAAACCCGCAAGCCAAUUCUUCGAUCCUUGUCAAGAGUUUGCCGACCGGAGUAUCAAGUGCAUGAGGCGCAAUGCCGGUGAUAGAGAUAUGUGCACGGAUUAUUUCCAAGCGUAUCGUGACUGCAAAAAAGCCUGGAUGACCCAAAGGAAAGAAGCAAGCCGCUGAAGCUGUGCGUUUGGAAUCCUGUAGUUGUGGUAUAGCCACAAUAUCUCAGAAGCGCCGCGCGAAGCCGCGGCUUCAUUAGCUCAAUGAUCUAUGCUGGCGACUGGUUGUAUGAUAGGAAGUCCAUGACCUUCAAGAAAGGUCGGAAGGUCAAUGGAGAACUGGAUUUACUGGCGUUAUAAAUAAGGAGGGUGCAUUUAGCAGAGAAUUUGAUCCAUUUUGACACACAUGCGUUUAUGAAGGGAGCAGCUACAGUACAGCUGAGCGUCUUUGCCGUGUUCAGUUCGGGCAAAUGCUCCUUUCACUCGCCUUUGAACCUCUUUGCCUCCGACUCUUUUGGAAUUUUCCUUUCGCGCCAUUCGUACUGUGCUCUUCUUGCGACCGACAGUGAGUAAACAGGGCUGCUGUCUGGUACAUAAAUAUUAUCUUUUUGAUUAAACUGUGCCGCGGCCGGUUGAAGGAAAGGAAGCCGAUGCCUGAUGUACGUAGAAAACAAGUAGACAUGUAGUUUACUGAGGCAGUAAACAGUUGAUACCGG